AUGGGCUGUGGUCACAGCAAAAUCAACAUUUAUCCUAGAAAGUCGAGAAGCAAAACUAAUUCCAAAAAAUCAGUUACAGCGGAAAAGGCGGAAUCCGAAGAGGAAGAAGGCGUCGAACCGGAACCGGAAAAUCCCGAAGACUCGGAAGAUUGCGAUAAGAAAACCAUAAAAUUCAAGCCCUUCGGCGGACCGCUCUUGGCCCAAGCCGAAAUCUCCACCAGCCAACAAGACUUCUUCAAAAUGCUGGACGACAAAAUCCAAAACGGCCCCGAUUACGACUCCGAAGGCGAGCUGGAACGGGCCGAAGAAACCGCCCGGCUGCGCGCCCUCCUCAGAGACUGGGAGACGGCGAGCGCCGGCUCCAGAUCGCUGCCGGCCACCCCCAAGCGGCGCCCGGCCUGGCGCGGCGACGGCGCCGUCCGCUCCGCCGAUCCGCCGCCCGAUCGCCGGGUCUACGUAUCGCAGAUCCCGCCGAGCGUGAUCCACCAAUCGUACGGCGUCGCGCAGCCGCAGUACCGCCAAUUGACCUACAACAAUCCGAACUACGUCAACCAGAGCCCAUCGCACCAGAUGGCCUCGUACCCGUCGGCCAUGCAGUACCAGGCCAUCAGUCCGAUGUACGCGGCGCAGCCGCCGAUGCGCCACCACCAGGCCGGCUACCAGGUGAAUCCCGCGAAGGCGUUCAUCGGCAACCCGUCGCCCAAUCACAUACCGUACGAUCAGCCGGUCGCCUAUUCGCCCGCGCAUCGGGUGUACGGGGUGCAAGGGACGCCGCCCCCGACCGUCGCCCUCAAAAAUACCGAUCUGGGGUACAAAGGCGCUUACACGAACGGCGAGCUGGUGCAGCAGCAGCAGCUGCUCUACAACCAGCACUCGAUGCAGUACCAGCAGUACAAGGAGGCCAGGGAGCAGGUGCUGGCCCAGAACCAGGGCCCCCAGGGGCCGCAGCUCCACUACAGGGCGGCGCCGAAGGGCUACGGGCUGCCCGCGGCGGCGGCGAAGGGGCCCCAGCAGGGGGAGGCGGUGGGGCUGGGGGGGCAGCGGAAACAGUACGAACUCACGUGA